CUGCAUGUGGUCAAUGCCUUUUUGGUCAUCAUGACAUACACCUGCAUCGCUGUUAUCUUACUGAGCAUGUUAAGCUCCUACAAUGCCAGUGGCAAACUUUUAGUUUUUUUAAUUGAUGGACUCCGCUAUGACUAUCUUGAUAAUCUGGACAAUUUGCCUGGGUUCCGAGAGAUUGUGGAAAACGGAGUGAAAGUGGAUUACAUGACUCCAGAAUUCCCUAGUCUCUCUUUUCCAAACUACUAUUCACUAAUGACAGGCCGAUACACUGAAGUGCACCACAUGACUGCUAACAAGAUGUGGGACAUGGACUCAGAUACAGAAUUCGCUGGCGACCAAUCAUUCCAAUACAGCCUCUCGCCUCUGUGGUGGAAUGGAUCUGAGCCGCUCUGGGUGACCAUGCAGAAACUGGACAAGAGGGUCUACAUGUACUACUGGCCAGGGUGUGACGUUGAGAUUCUAGGUUUGAGAGCAUCCUUCUGUGAACCGUACAAACAAAAUGUAAAUGAGGGGAACUUGACAGAUGCCAUGGAACAUGCCCUUGACGCGCUAAAUGAUGACCAAGCUGAUAUGGCUGCUGUGUAUUAUGAGAGGGUGGAUGCAGUGGGUCAUUUCUUUGGGCCUCAGUCACUUGAGACCGCAGGGACGGUUCUUGGUCUGGAUGGCGCCAUGCAGUUUCUCAACCAAAGGAUCAUGGCAAAAAACUUGAGCGAUGUCCUGAACAUUGUCAUGUUCUCUGAUCACGGCAUGUCAGAGAUCACAAACCUCAUUGAACUGGACAAACACAUCAAUCUGGCCGAUGUCAUCAAGGUGUUGGAAGUUGGUCCUGUCGUGAGCCUGUGGCCUAAAGAAGAAAAGGUUGAAGAGAUAUUCACUGCUCUGAGUGCUGUGGAAAAUAUGACAACCUACCGCAGAGCUGACAUCCCUGCUCGGUUCCAUUACAAGGAAGGGAGGUUUGUUUCAACUCUGACCCUUGUAGCCAAACCAGGCACGAUCAUCACUCCUACCAUAUCAGCCCUGCCUUUCCAGCCAAACGCCACUGGAGACAGGAAAUAUGGUGCACAUGGCUACGACAAUGAACUUGUUGAGAUGAGAGGGUUCUUUGUAGCAAAAGGCCCAGAUUUCAAAAGCAACUUCCGUGCUGGACCAAUCAGAUCUGUGGAUGCCUAUAAUGUGAUGUGUCAUACUCUUGGGAUCGAUCCGCUCCCCAAUAACGGCUCAUUUGACCGUGUGAGGGCCAUGCUGAGAGAGUCCAGUACAGCGGUCCCAGUAACCCAGGACAGCUGCCUCCUGGUCUUGAUAGGACUGUUUACAUGUUCACAUGUGUCACUUUACUGAAAUCCAUCCCUGUUAUGUUUUAAUGGCAUUUAUACCUCGAUGCCAAACAGACAACAGCAAAUGUGUCUGAAAAGAAUGCAAUGUUAUUUUCUGUGCCUCAGAAAAUAUGGAUAAUAUGUUGGAUUUGCUCAUUAUCCAGAAUGUGUUAUAAAGAAUGGCUCCUACUGUAGUCCUGCUUGUAUAUAAUUGAUUGAAUAAA